AUGAGUAAGAUAGGACAUGACGAACUCGGCCAAAUCCUGGACCGGAUCACCGACCCAGCUGAUAGAAAAUCAACCUCUCAGGUCUGCAAGGGGUGGUGGCUCAUAGAGGCUCAGAGCCGAACAUCACUCCGAGUUAAUGACCCCCAUCAUCUUCCUCGAUUACUUGCUAGGUACCCAAACUUAACCACAUUCGAAACCCCAAGGGGAAUGAGCAAUGCCGACCUCGCAUUGGUGGCCCAAUCGUGCCCCAAAUUGGAGGCCUUCAUACUCGAUGAUAUAUCAAUUAGUGUGGAAAUUGGGAGACAAGGCAUGCGGGCACUGGGAUAUACUUACCCGUAUAGAGUUGGAGAUGAAGAUGCAUUAGGGAUCUCUAAUGACGAAGCUCAUGAGAUAUUAAGGGUCGUUAAUGAAGUUGGGGACCAAGGUUUGUGCGCUUUGGCAGACGGGUGUCCCAAAUUGUCCAAGAUUGUGCUCAGAAGGACGGGGGCUGGACUGCUUGGAAUAAUGACCAUGAUUACUUCGGCGGCACAUAACUUGACUCAUUUGGAUUUGGAGGGCUGUUCUUUGGUUACUGACCAAGUCCUUGAAGCAAUUGGGUCCUCUAGUUGUCCCAUUCGCAUUUUGAGUUUGAGAUUUUGCUCCGAAAUUACUGAUGCCGGAUUGAGGUUUUUGGCAAAUGGGUCUUGCUCAAAAACCAUGGAGCAAUUGAACCUUUCCAGCUGCCGUGAAAUCACUGAUGAUGGGGUUUUGCUUUUGUGCAACAUGUGUGUCUUGGAGGAGCUGGAUUUGAGGUAUUGUAACCAGCUAACUGAUAUUGGAGGUCAGGCAAUCUCCACAAUUCGAACCCUCAAGAAAUUGAACUUGGACUGUCUAUUCAACCUUACAGAAGAAACCUUUGUAGCUGUUGCUGAGAAUUGCAUAAACUUGGAGGUGCUUAAUCUUCAACAAUGUCAUGUCACUGCAGCAAGUAUAGAUGCAUUUUUGGGUCACAAAUGCUUGCGAUGCCUUAAUCUUUUUUGUUGUAUUUCUCAUGAUAUAAAAGGAUCUACUUUAGAAAGCCUAGCGCUGGGAUGCCCUUCACUGGAGUCGAUUGUGGUGCAUAGAACUUGGAGACAGAGGCUGGUGCAGGACAUGCAAGAGAAUACUGUUAGCAGAUUCCUCAAAUUCUGGUUUAAUUGA